CCCCGGAAGUGAUCUUGCGGCGUUCCCUAAGGAUUGAGGGGCUGGCUCAAGGACCGCCCUGCCUCCGGUGGCUAACGUCACCUCCGCCCUUAUAAUCUGCGACGUGGCCGGCUUCUUCUGCCCGGGAGGGGACGUCACUUCCGCCGAGUCCCUGACCUGCUGCUAGGAUCGCGACGGGAACUGGAGCCCGAGGUCCCCGCGCGGCCCGGGCCUGGCGCCCUGAGGGGAAGAGCGGCCCGGCCCGAGGACCUCCAGCAGGUGAUGGUGUCAGGACCCAACCUUAAUGAAACCAGCAUUGUGUCUGGUGGCUAUGGGGGCUCUGGUGAUGGACUUAUCCCUACAGGGUCCGGCCGCCAUCCAUCUCACAGUUCCACUCCCACUGGCCCUGGAGAUGAGGUGGCUCGGGGAAUCGCUGGAGAGAAGUUUGACAUUGUCAAGAAAUGGGGCAUCAACACAUACAAGUGCACAAAGCAGCUGUUAUCAGAGCGAUUUGGCCGAGGCUCCCGGACUGUGGACCUGGAGCUAGAGCUGCAGAUUGAGUUGCUGCGUGAGACGAAGCGCAAGUAUGAGAGUGUCCUGCAGCUGGGCCGGGCACUGACAGCCCACCUCUACAGCCUGCUGCAGACCCAGCAUGCACUGGGUGAUGCCUUUGCUGACCUCAGCCAGAAGUCCCCAGAGCUUCAGGAGGAAUUUGGCUACAAUGCAGAGACACAGAAGCUGCUAUGCAAGAAUGGGGAGACGUUGCUAGGGGCGGUGAACUUCUUUGUCUCUAGCAUCAACACAUUGGUCACCAAGACCAUGGAAGACACACUCAUGACUGUCAAACAGUAUGAGGCUGCCAGGCUGGAAUAUGAUGCCUAUCGAACGGACUUAGAGGAGCUGAGCCUAGGCCCCCGGGAUGCAGGGACACGGGGCCGACUUGAGAGUGCCCAGGCCACUUUCCAGGCCCAUCGAGACAAGUAUGAGAAGCUGCGGGGAGAUGUGGCCAUCAAGCUCAAGUUUCUGGAAGAAAACAAGAUCAAGGUGAUGCAUAAGCAGCUGCUGCUCUUCCACAAUGCCGUGUCCGCCUACUUUGCUGGGAACCAGAAACAGCUGGAGCAGACCCUGCAGCAGUUCAACAUCAAGCUGCGGCCACCAGGAGCUGAGAAGCCCUCCUGGCUAGAAGAGCAGUGAGCUGCUCACAGCUCAGUCUGGCUACCAAGAAGGACUCUGGGAGGGGCAGCCCUCGGGUGGAGGAGAUUGGACAUGGGACAUCUUCUGCCACCUGCCUUCUGGCUUGGGCUUCCUCUCCCUGGCUGGUGCCUAAUACCAGUUUUGCCCAAGCUGCUGUGGAGAGGGGGCCAGCAGGCCUAGUAGCUGCCACCCUGUCCUGUAUUCUCCUGGCCACUGGGCUUCAUUCCCAGUUCUUUUCCUUCCACUCCACAGCCAAAGGCUAUGACAAGACCACUCCCUGGCCAAUGGCAUCACUCCUCAGGCCUAUACCCAGCUCCUGGGGUUGGCCUCUUGACCAAUGGCAGAACCUCAAAAGGCCCUGUCAGCCAGUGGCAGCUCUUCUUGGGCUCCCCUGGACCAAUGAUGUUGCCUCCAAUAUCCUCUGUCCCACCUCUAUGCGUGCCCAUUGCAGAGAAGGGGACUGGGACCAAAGGGGUGGGGAUAAAGGGGAGCCCCAUUUCUGGCCCUGCAUCUGAAUGGGCUUCCUUCCACCCACCCAGUUUAAUUGUGCUCAGAGCCCCAGAAGAUUGGGGUUUAGCACUAGGAAUAAACCUUUCAUAAAAGCAGGUCCAGUGAGGUCAAUUUGUGGGGGACUCCAGGGAGGGUGGGCUGGGUGGAGAAAUGCUCAGCCUGAUUGUACACCAAAAUCUUACCAGGUCAGGAGAGCUAGGCCCAGACAGCUGAAGUCACAGUUUCAAGAACAGUCUGAAGGCCCAUUCUCCUUUCCCAACCCCCAGCCCAACUGGAACCAAAGCUUUGUUUGCCCUGCAGGCCAGUACCAUAAUAGCUAUGGAUAGAUCUUAAGAGCAGGGUCCAAAAGACGUUGGGCCAGCUGACUAUCAUACAUUCAUUCAUAUAACAAAUAUUUACAGAGUGCUUUUAUUUGCCAAGCACUGCACUAGACCCUGGGGAAACAUCAGUGAAUAAAGCACAGUCCCUGCCCACAGUGCUUACAGCCUAGUGGGGGAUAGAGACAAGUAACCAGGCAACUACAAUACAGCAGUAAGCCCUAGGAUACAGGAAGUACAGGGAGCUUUGGGAGCACAGAGGAGGGACGUGCAGCCUAAACUGGGGUGGGGAUGGGGGCUGUCAGCUUGGAAGCUGAGACCUG